UGAAAACUAGGUGCUUGUUGCUUUCUUGAUUAUAUUAUAUAUAAGAUUCUGCAUUAGAUAAUUUAAUUCAUCAAAUAUUAACUCAUCUUCCUACAAGUGUUCUUAAUGGCUUUAUGCAAGAUUUUUCCUUUUGCCUUCAUCAUCCUUUCUUGUUCUUGUUAUCUGAUAUCGGGCCAACGUUUCGAUUACCCCACUGCAAAUCUUUCUACAACUUGGAUCAACAGUGUUUCUGCACCUCAUUCAGUGGAUUUCAGUGAUGGCUCAAGAGUUAGGGCUAUACUACUCAGAGGAACUUUUGGUCCAAAAUAUGCUUGUGGUUUUUACUGUAAUGGCAAAUGUGAUACUUACCUCUUUGCCAUUUUCAUCGUGCAAACUAACAGCGCGUCCCAAAUUACUUCUCCAUCGAUUGGAUUCCCACAGGUUGUUUGGUCUGCUAACCGGAAUAAUCCUGUUAAGAUCAAUUCAACUUUGCAGUUUACAGCACAAGGAGACUUGGUGCUUAGAAAUGCUGAUGGUAGUUUGGCUUGGUCAACUAACACUGCUGGAAAAUCUGUUGCUGGUUUAAGCUUGACCGAUGAAGGGAAUCUUGUUCUGUUUGAUUCGAAGAAUGCAACUGUUUGGCAAUCGUUUGAUCACCCGACUGAUGCUUUAGUUCCAGGGCAGAAGUUAGUAUCAGGGAUGAAACUAACAGCAAGUGUUUCAACAACAAACUGGACUAAAGGAGGCUUGUUUUCCCUCUCUGCUAUCGAUAAUGGUUUGGUUGCUUUCAUAGAGUCAAAUCCUACCCAAACAUACUUUGACGCGACUAUUGGUGGGUUGAAUCCUAGUGGAGGAUCCAAUUAUGUUAAGUAUUUGAAUGGAAGCUUAACUCUCUUCACAAAUUCGAGUAGUACACCCGAGUUGGUUCUGGUUUCUAUUACUCCAGCAUCCUCUGCUCAGUAUAUGAAACUUGAGUCUAACGGACACUUGAAAGUGUACGAGUGGAAAAGUCGAUGGAGAGAGGUGGAUGACCUCUUAACAGGCUUUCGUGGCGAGUGCAAUUACCCUACAGUCUGUGGAAGAUAUGGCAUUUGCACAAUGGGACAAUGUAGUUGUCCCAUAAGCUCUAAUUCAACUACCUAUUUCAGACCGAUAAACGUUAGGCUGCCUAAUCUUGGUUGCUCUGAGGCCAAAAAGCUGAGUUGCAACAACUUAAAGAAACACAGACUUUUGGAAGUUGAAGAUGUGGACUAUUUCGCGUUUACUGCAGAUAUCAGCAACACAGAUGUGAAUACUUGUAAACGCGCAUGUUUGGAUAAAUGUUCCUGUAAAGCUGCGUUCUUUCGUAGUGGUUUAAAUUCUUCCAGGGCCAUAGGGGAGUGCUACUUACCAACUGAGAUCUUUUCACUAAUGAAUAAUGAGAAGGACAAGACAAGGUAUGACUCUGUCGCGUUUAUAAAAGUACAGGUUUAAGCUAAACCAGCUGUUGCUAAAGGGAAAAAAAUCGCGUUUUAUGUACAUAAAUGAUCUAUAGGAGGACAUGGAUAGAAACUUAGCAGAUUAUGAACGUAAUCUGGAAAAAGUUCAUGCUAUACAUGAACUAUAUGAAGGUAUAAUUACAUAAAUAAAUGGUUUGAUAAGCCAAAUUAGAGUUCAGAGUUAUCUGUAUUACACUUUCAUUUCUCUGUGUUAUCUGUAAUUUCGAUUCAACAGACUAUAAUAAAGACAAAUUUAUUUUUUCCAA